GGUUACCGCCGGGCUUCCAGGGUUGCAGGCCUAAAGUAUUAAUUACGUGAUAAGAUACUUUUCGGUGCGACAGGCGCCCUCAGCUUUCUGCAAAUGCUGCCCCUCUUUCCCCUCCGCAUCCCCUCGCUCGCAAGAUCUGGGCAAUCUCUUCUCUCCAAGUUUUCCCCAUCCACUCGUCCAAUCGUCCCUCGCCGCUUCUUCUACGGACAUAUCAGUGAUACCAAGAUGGCGCCCCAGCUGGAGCCCUUUUUCAAGCAGGUCGAUGAGUCGUCCGAGCUCUUCAUUGAUCGUCUGCGCAAGGCAGUUGCUAUUCCCUCCAUCUCAGCCCAGGAUGAGAACCGACCGGAUGUGUUCCGCAUGGCCCAAUUCCUUGCGGACGAACUGACCGCGCUCGGUGCUGAGGUUGAGCAAAGGCCGCUGGGCAAGCAGCCCGGCAAGGAGCACCUCGAUCUGCCCCCCGUCGUCGUUGCCCGCUACGGUAACGACAAGAACAAGAAGACCAUCCUGGUCUACGGCCACUACGAUGUGCAGCCCGCUCUGAAGGAGGACGGCUGGGCUACCGAGCCCUUCGAGUUGACCAUCGAUGAGAAGGGUCGCAUGUAUGGCCGUGGAUCUACGGAUGACAAGGGCCCCGUUCUGGGCUGGGUUAACGUGAUCGAGGCUCACCGCAAGGCUGGUGUUGAGCUGCCCGUCAACCUGCUCUGCUGCUUUGAGGGAAUGGAGGAGUAUGGAUCUGAGGGUCUGGAUGACUUCAUCAACGCUGAGGCCAAGAAGUACUUCAAGGAUACCGACGCCGUGUGCAUUUCGGAUAACUACUGGCUUGGUACUGAGAAGCCUUGCCUGACCUACGGUCUUCGUGGCUGCAACUACUACUCCAUCAGUGUCUCCGGUCCUGCCCAGGACCUCCACAGCGGUGUCUUCGGUGGCUCUGCACACGAGCCCAUGACCGACCUGGUCCAAGUUCUGUCAAAGCUGGUGGAUCCCCAGGGUAACAUUCUGAUCCCUGGCCUCAUGGAUCUGGUUGCUCCCGUGACUGAGGAUGAGAAGUCUCUGUACGGCAACAUUAGCUACACCAUGGAGAACCUCCACGAGUCCUUGGGCAGUGAGACUGGUAUCCACCCCAACAAGGAGCGCACUCUGAUGGCCCGCUGGCGGUACCCCUCCCUGUCCAUUCACGGUAUCGAGGGCGCUUAUUCCGCUCCUGGAGCCAAGACGGUCAUCCCCGCCAAGGUGAUCGGCAAGUUCUCUAUUCGCACCGUGCCCAACAUGGAGAGUGAGGAUGUCAACAAGCUGGUGUUCGACCACAUCAAGGCCGAGUUCGCCAAGCUCAACAGCAAGAACAAGCUGGAUGUGUGGUUGCAGCACGACGGCAAGUGGUGGGUGGCCAGCCCUAAGCACUGGAACUUCAGUGCCGCCAGCAAGGCCGUCCAGCAGGUCUUUGGCGUCGAGCCGGAUAUGACCCGUGAGGGUGGAAGUAUUCCCGUCACAUUGACCUUCGAGCAAGCCACUGGCAAGAACGUCUUGCUGCUCCCCAUGGGUAGUUCCACCGAUGCCGCUCACUCGGCCAACGAGAAGCUGGACCGCCGCAACUAUAUUGAGGGAACCAAGUUGCUAGGUGCUUACCUGCACUACGUGGCCGAGGAGCCGGCCACUGAGUAAACGUGCGCGUUUCUAUCAACACUAUAGAAACAUGCUCAAAUUAAGCCAAUCAACAAGCUAUCUUAUGAAUAAAUUAUGCCCCUUCGAUUUAACAUGUUAUCAGAAGAGCAGCAGGGAAGAGCAUGUUUCAUGUAACUUAAAAAUAGCAUCAAACUGAAAUCAAUACAGGCAAAGAUCUAAACCCAAAGGUCACUUUCAUAC